AUGGAUCUUCGUCGCCGGCAAAUCCAAGGCAGCCAUGCAUCAAUUGGUUCAUUUGCUGAAGAAAAGCGCUCACAAGUGGAUGCUUCUCAAAUUGGCAAAAAGUUAAGAUAUUCAGGCUCACACCUUCCGGAGGAUAUCUGGCGUCAUAUAUGCUACUUUCUGCCACUGAAAGAUGCUGCGCGUGCUGCUUGUGUUUCUCGCGCGUUUCGAAGUUCGUGGAGGUGCCAUCCUAACCUCAGCUUCAGUAAGGAAACACUGGGCUACGGUCCUCCUGCAUGGUCCAGAAAAAGAGAAGUGAUGGACUACAUGGAAAAUGCACGUACACAGAGAAAAAUAGCAGGAGAUUACAACAGCAGAGUUGACCACAUUCUGAGAAACCACUCAAGCACCGGUGUGAAGACACUCAGCCUUGGAUUCUAUGGUCCUUACAAUGCCAACACCAGCUACUGUCUCGAUGGUUGGCUCCAGAUUGCUGUUACACCAGGCAUAGAAGAACUCAGCCUCAUACUGCAUUCAAAAAGUGAUCAUUUAUCAAAAAAGGCAAUCUACAACUUUCCAUGCCCACUUUUAUCUAAUGGCAGUGGAAACUCCAUUUGUGAGCUAGACCUUGUCGGUUGCGCCUUCCGCCCCACAGCAGGAUUCGGUUGCAUGAGAAGCCUGACGAGUCUAUAUCUGUGUUGCGUGAACAUCGAGAGUGAUGAGUUGGGGUUCCUUCUUUCCAGUUCUUUUGCUUUGGAGCGAUUGGAACUCACCAGUUGCGGUGAGAUAAUUUCCAUAAAGAUACCUGCCCUGCUGCAGGGCCUCAGCUAUCUGAAGGUGUCCCAGUGUUCCAUGCUGCAGGUGAUUGAAAGCAAAGCCCCAAAUAUCUCCAGUUUUCACUUUGACGGUGAACAAGUACAGCUAUUUCUUGGAGAAUCACUACAGAUGAAGACAAUUUUCAUAUCACAUUCCUGUGUUCUUCAUUAUGCUCGUGCCAUGCUCCCGUCAAGUACGCCAAAUCUUGAAACUCUUAACAUAGUUUCGACUGGUGAGAUGGUCAGUACACCAAUGCUACCAAGCAAAUUCCUCCACCUCAAAUAUUUGACAAUAACUGGAUGGACCUUCCCUACUACCUAUGAUAUUUUCUCGUUGGUUUCGUUUCUUGACGCGUCUCCUUGCCUGGAGACUUUCAGCCUAAACGCAUCAAUGAGACGCCAGAAGCAUGACUCCAUCUUUGAAGAUCCCUCACAUUUGGAGCGGACUCCGGGACACUGCUACGACAAUCUGAGGCAUGUGAAGAUCACUAGUUUCUGCUCCUCCAAGCUUCUGGUUAAGCUCACAUGUCAUAUUCUUGAGAAUACACCAUCGCUCGAGUGCCUCAUACUCGACAUAACUCAUGGUGGGUUGAAGUGUUCUGACAAAAGAUUUAGCAAAUGCUCAGUUGUAAGGAAGGCCACUCUUGUGGAAGCCCCUAAAGCACUCGAGGCUAUCCGUGCUUACAUCGCAGGAAAAGUUCCCUCCACGGCUAAGUUAAUUGUCUUGGAGCCUUGCAACCAAUGUAAUACCGUUGGCAUUUAG